AUGUCUGCCUCCAAGCUGGAUCAAUUGCCGCCUGGAAUGGUCGAGUUUACUGUUCUCAAGUCUGUGGGUGCGCUUGCACCGCGUCUUGGCCGUGUAUCCAUGCCACGAAGGACGAGCAUACUGACACCGGACUUCAUCGCCAACACAUCACGGGGCAUUAUUCCUCAUGUGUCGCAGGACAACUUUCGUAAGAGCCGGGUGGCCAAUGGCGUCUACCUCGCUCUCGAGGACUUCGUCGAGAAGCUGCCCCAGAAGACACCGCCUAUUUUGAACCAUGAAGGGCCUGACUCGUUGCGGCGCUUCAUAGCCCUUGCUGAAGACACGCUCAUGGUGUUGGGGGCGCGUCGCAAUCCCCCCAUAGCGAGCCCAGUUGCAAACACGAAUGCUGAAGUCGGCCUCUUCACCUCGGUCGGCUUCACCUCCAUCAGCUCCGAAUACUACGCGGCCAUCGCACGGAAGUUGCAGCCGGACAUUGUCGUAGGGCUGGCCGACAUUCCCUUUGGACAGGAGCAGGUGGGCCGGAAGAGGAAGUUCAAGAUGAGCGACCGCACCGAAGCCUGGCUGCAGGACCUGGUUGCUGCCAAAGGGGGGAUGGCGAAGGAAGACAAGCCAUGGAGCAUCUUCGCCCCCAUCUUGCCCAUUGACCUGGACUUGCAGUCGUGGUACCUGGAGCAUCUGCUGGAUCCCAAUAUGCUCAACAAGAUCAGCGGCCUGGCCAUCUACGACGCCUUCCUCCUCGACGACCUAUCCGAGGAAUUGCAACACCUUCCGCGCUUAUCUUUCCACGUCCCGGCAAGUCCCCAUGAACUUCUCCGCCAUAUUGGCCUGGGCGUGGAUAUCUGCACGGUGCCGUUCCUUGCUGAGGCGACUGACGCAGGCAUCGUUCUCGACUUCACAUUUCCCCCACCUCCCAAGAAUCAGUCCACAAGCAACCGUCGGUCUCUCGGAAUCGAUAUGUGGAGCGACGCGCAUGCCCUGUCUGUGACUCCACUCUCAGACGGCUGCACCUGCUAUGCUUGCACCAAGCACCAUCGCGCCUACCUACAGCACCUGCUUGCGGCCAAGGAGAUGCUCGGCUGGGUACUGAUACAACUGCACAAUCACGCAGUCAUGGCCGCCUUCUUUGCCGGUGUCCGCGCUUCCAUUAAAGCGGGCACAUUCGAGACUGAUGUGGCUGCCUUUGAAGCUUGCUAUGAACCAGCACUACCUGCAAAGACUGGACAAGGGCCUAGAGUACGCGGCUAUCAAUUCAAAAGCGAGGCACAUGUCACCAAGGACAAGAAGAACCCCAAAGCAUUUCGCAAAUUUGGUGAGGAAGAGAUUGCCAAACUCAGGGCCGCCAAUGGUCGACAGGCAAACGCGAACCCAGCGAUUAAGGAUGCGGUUGACGACGAGGCUCUCUUUGGACUGAUUAAUAUGGAUAUUGCACAGUCAGAUGAGACCACUGCUAUUCAAGAUGAUCAGCCCUGCAUUGUUUCUGGCCAGUACCACGCCACCCAUUGCACACGCGUCAACACACACAACUUCAUUCUGCAACUAGAUACGUCUUGCUUCUACAACCGCACCCUGCGCCAGACUCUGGCCAUCAUUACACGUCCUGUUCACGCCAUCCGAGCAUUUGCGUAUCUCAAUUUUGAUGUCGACAAAUGCCACUCGCGCUCUGCAAUCGCGCAGAGGGAGGCUCCUCCAGCCGUUGGUGGCGCUAACAUCAGUCCUGCGACAAGGGACUCGGCUAUCGUUCUGUCAAUCGUCAAUUCCUCGCACAAUGCUCGCACAAAGACCGGUGGCGGAUAUCAUAAACGUGACUCCAUCAUGAAUAAGUCGUCGUUCAGCGGCAACGACAAGUCUCUGGGUGCGAGAAGGUUACGUGAGCGCUAUGAGAUAUCGGCGCGUUUCAAAGGGCCCCUGCUCGAACGGAUGAUCAAAUUGGCAAUACUGCUUACCCACCAUGUACCAGUACCGCCGAAACGGGUAUCUGUCGCCAUUUUUGAUCGGCCUGGGCCAGACACACCAGAGAAACCUACCAGUAUGUUGAAGCAGGGGAUCGCAAUGCUGCGGUCGCCCAGCGCGAUGACCAUGCUCUUCAAAAUCGUCGUCGUAAUUAUCAUACUGGGCUCGCUUUUCCACCUGCGCUUUCUUGUAUCGCUUUGGGAUACUUCUCCGGCUGAAUAUGGCUCGCAUCAUGCGUCGUUGAGCGAGGGCUUGCAAGCAGGUGAGACUGGUAAUGGCUCCCAGAACGUAGGGCAGGGAUCAAACUUCAAGACCAUCGAUCAUGCGUCGAUUGUCCACACCAGCGAGUCUUCUGGUCCACCUCCUCCUGCAGUCGUGGAGUCUCCCAGCUCAGAAUCUUCUCACGAAACCGCAAAUAUGGAGCCUGUAAUCGCCGAUAAGCUUCUAAGCUCUCACGAAGAAAGCCGCUUCCGCUCCCACGGCCCGAAAAACUGUUUCCCGUCCUUCGACACCACCAUGCAACAACGCGCGUCCGACCGUCUCGCCUCUUGCGAAAAGUACGCUCCCUUCUCAAUCGAAGAAACACAUCGCGUCGCCUUUGCCACUGCCUCAACCGGCGGUCCUUUGAGUCCCGCCUACGCAUUGGCGAUCCAAUCCCAUAUGACUCACAGCACCAUCCACAACUCAACCGUGCACAUGCUCUGCGCCGACAUCGUCCCAGGAAUCUGGAACAAAGUCGCCUACCUCCAAAAUCUCGUCUCCGAAGAGCUUCUCAAACCUGAACGCGAGCGUCUAGAAUGGCUCUUCUGGGCUGACCGCGACACCCUGAUCCUCGACCAAUGCCGGCCACUAUCCUCGUUCCUGCCGCCCAAGUCGCCGGAAUUCGACAAGGUCAAUUUCCUCGCCAUUCACGACGCCUACGGACUCAACUACGGCGUCUUCUUCAUCCGCGUCAAUACCUGGGCUAUUAACUUCUUCUAUAACAUCCUCUCAUACCCCUACUACAAACCCCAGGACGAGCUCAUAUUUGCUGAGCAAUCAGCCGCCGCACGUCUUCUCGAGGCCGAUCCCAAGUACGGCGACCACUUUGCCCGCGUCCCCUGGUACUGGUUCAAUGCGUAUCCAAUGGAUGACGACAACGGCACGAUCCCGUACGUGAGCAAUGUCCAUCCGGACGAGUAUGAGUACUUCCGCCCUCGUAAGGGUGACUUUCUCGCGCAUUUUGCUGGACAUGGUAAGAGAUUGGAGGAAAUGGUGACGUGGGCGUAUGCGCUGGAGAAGGUGGGCGAUGUCUGGGUGAAUAAAGAGGAGGAGGAGAGGAGGGAUGUCACUUCAGAUAUUGGAAAUUAUUGGAGGGCUUAUAAGGAGGGCACGCUUACGGACAAGAUGAAGACUGGAAAGUCUGCGAAUGACGAGGCAAAGGAAAAGGUGGUGGCGGCGGCCAAGGCAGCGGCAGAGGCGGAGAAAAAGGCAAAGGAGGCGGAGGAACAGGCAAAGGAGGCAGAGAAACAGGCAAAGGAGGCGGAGAAAAAGGCAAAGGAGGCAGAGGAGGCUAAGGCAAAUGUAGAGGCGGAAGGGAAGGUGGAGGCGGAGAAGAAUGCAAAGGCAAACACAGAGAAGGCAGAUCCAGUGCCAGCAACAGAGCCACAACAACAAGCACAGACUCAAGACCAGACCCAAGAGCUACAAUGA